CCUGCUUCUCCUUCCCUUCCUCCUGCUCCUUCCCUCGGGUCCGAUGGCGGCGAGUGACACGGAAAGGGCUCAGCAGCAGAUUGAUGAAAUUGAAGCCCUUUCAUCGAUCUAUGGUGAUGAUUGGUGUGUUGUUGAUGAAGAUGAAAAAAUCUAUUGCAUUAAGAUUAGCGAUUGUCUGGAUCAACCAAAAUGGACCCUCUGUUUGCAGGUGAUUUUGCCACCAGGAUAUCCAACUGCAGAGCCACCUAUUUAUCAACUAAAUGCCCCUUGGCUUCGAGGACAAGAUUAUACAGAACUAGCAAAUAGCUUGGAAGAGAUAUAUAUACAGAACCUCGGUGAAAGUAUACUGUAUUUGUGGGUGGAGAAGAUACGAGAAGUUCUGGUAGAAAAGGCACAGUCUUCAGAUCCAGAACCAGAUAUUAAGAAAACCACUGAAGAAGUUGAUGAAGAUGAUGGAGAUGAUUUUCUUCUAGACUAUCAGCCCACUCAGGAAGACCAAAUUAAAAUGUUAAAUUACAUGACACCUGAAGGUCAGGAAGAUGAAGAACUGCCCCCCAUACAUCAUGGAAACCCAAUCACAGAUCGAAGGAGCACUUUCCAGGCUCAUUUGGCUCCAGUGGUGACAACCAGACAAGUUAAAAGAGUUCUUGAGAAAUUGUAUGAGAACAAGAAAAUUGCAAGUGCUACCCACAACAUAUAUGCUUACAGAAUAUACUGUGAAGAUAAGCAGACGUUCCUACAGGAUUGUGAAGACGAUGGAGAGACAGCAGCAGGUGGACGUCUUCUCCAUCUUAUGCAGAUUUUGAACGUCCACAAUGUGUUAGUUGUGGUGUCCCGCUGGUAUGGAGGUAUUCUCUUGGGACCAGAUCGUUUCAAGCAUAUAAACAAUUGUGCAAGAAAUGUACUUGUAGAGUACGACUAUGUACCAUCAACGGACGAAUCAUCUAGACAAGCUGGAAAGAGCAAAAAGAUAAGGAAGGACAACAAAAAAAAAACAGAACACUAAUUUAUUUUUUAAAAACUUUAAGAUAUUAUUUUGCACAUAUUUAUACAAAAAAACCCUGGACCUUAUUGCUUUAUCUUAUAGAAUGGACAUGUUGUAUUCAGAAGAGAAUUCAGUAAAGCCAUAGAUAUAUUUU